CAAUGAAGAACUACAAACCUACUGAUGCAACAACAAACCCAUCAUUGCUCUUGGCAGCAGCUCAGAUGCCACAGUACCAGCAAUUGUUCGAUAAGGCCAUUGAACAUGGGAAAAAACAUGGAAGCACAGUGGAGGAACAAGUUUCUGAAGCGAUUGACAUGCUGUUUGUGUUAUUUGGAGUGGAGAUACUAAAGAUAGUCCCAGGCAGAGUUUCAACUGAGGUUGAUGCCAGGUUGUCGUUUGAUAAAGAAGGCUCGAUUGCCAAGGCGAAGAAACUUAUUUCUAUGUAUAAAGAGGCAGGAAUUCCCAAGGAGCGAGUCCUCAUCAAGCUGGCAUCAACCUGGGAGGGCAUCCGUGCUGCAGAAGUUCUCGAAAAACAGUUUGGAAUUCAUUGCAACAUGACACUUCUCUUCUCGUUUGGUCAGGCGGUAGCUUGUGCCGAGGCUGGAGUCACUCUAAUUUCACCUUUUGUUGGUCGCAUUUUGGAUUGGAAUGUUGCCAAUACAGGAAAAAAGUCUUACGAACCAAUGGAAGAUCCAGGCGUCAUCAGUGUGACUUCAAUCUACAAUUACUACAAGAAGUUUGACUACAAGACAGUCAUUAUGGGCGCCUCCUUCAGAAAUAUUGGUGAAAUUAGAGCGCUGGCCGGCUGUGAUUUGCUGACUAUCAGUCCUAAGCUGCUGGGAGAAUUAGAAGCUAGCAGAGACUUGAUAACCAGACACCUCAAUGCUGAUACAGCAAAGACACAGGCAAUUGAGAAGGUCACCUUUGACGAGAAAGCAUUCCGCUUUGAGCUCAACGAAGACCAGAUGGCAACCGAAAAGCUGUCUGAUGGAAUACGCAAGUUUGCCGCGGACUCGCGCAAGCUGGAGGCACAGUUGAUGGUUAGGUUAAAGCAGUAGAGUAUGUACGGGAUGUGGAAGGGGCAGCGUGGCAUGGCAUUGUGUGCUAAUAGAAAACGGACCUUAGAGUGAAAGUGGAGCUAUGUUUUCAUGGGGAAUUGAGUUCCAUGCCACUGCUGCGGUACCGUGCGGCCACACGUGGGAAGAGUCAGUCAUUUCAGUGACUAUGGUGUCACUUAACUCAUGCGUGGUGGGGUGAGGGGAGCGUAUAGGGAA